AACCUACAUAAGAUGAGGAUAAAUACGAGACAAGUUACUCUUAACCUCAUGGGAGGUGAUUCUGGUUAUUGCAAUCAGUACCACAUGGAGAAAUGUCAGAGUCUUAAUUUAGGCUGGUAGGGUACAGAGGUGUGCCCCUCAGCCCCCACCCCCUGGUUGCAUCUAGAUGAGGUAGAUAUGUGGGAGGUUCAGAACAGUUAGAGAGAGAAUCAGUUUUCAAGGACCUUAAGCAAGUUGAGAUCUGACAAAGCAUCAUGGGAGGUGCAGUUGUAGACACUGGUGACAGUGGGGUCAAGGCCCCCGAUGGAGGAUGGGGUUGGGCUGUCCUCUUCGGCUGCUUCAUCAUUACAGGUUUCUCCUACGCCUUCCCCAAAGCAGUCAGCGUCUUCUUCAAAGAGCUUAUCCGGGAGUUUGGAGUGGGCUACAGUGACACGGCUUGGAUCUCCUCAAUACUUCUUGCAAUGCUUUAUGGCUCAGGGCCUAUAUGCAGCAUCCUAGUGAACCGUUUCGGGUGUCGCCCUGUGAUGAUGGUCGGGGGCCUUUUUGCCUCACUUGGUAUGGUUAUGGCAUCUUUUGCAACCAACAUCAUCCACAUCUAUCUCGGCACAGGAGUCAUAACCGGUUUGGGUCUUGCUCUGAACUUUCAGCCAUCCCUCAUCAUGCUGAACAGAUAUUUCAGUGAGAAAAGGCCCUUGGCCAAUGGGUUGGCUGCAGCUGGAAGUCCCGUGGCUCUGUGCUGUUUGUCUCCUCUUGGUCAGGUUCUUCAAUAUGAGUAUGGUUGGCGUGGAGGCUUCCUAAUCCUUGGAGGGAUUCUACUGAACUGCUGUGCAUGUGGAGCCCUCAUGAGGCCCUUGAAAGCACCCAAAAAAACAAGCGAGGUGGACCAAAAGGAAUCCAAAUCAAAGCCUAAGCUUCUUGACUUCACCGUCUUUAAAGAUCGUGGCUUUUUGAUUUACACUGUGGCUGCGGCCAUUAUGGUGUUGGGUCUUUUUGUGCCUCCUGUGUUUGUGGUAAGCUAUGCCAAGGAACUGGGCAAUGAGGACACAAAGUCUGCCUUGCUGCUCACCAUACUAGGGUUCAUUGAUAUCUUCGCCAGGCCAACAUGUGGUAUCAUCGCUGGGCUCAAGUGGGUUCGGCCACGAUGCGUUUACCUCUUCAGUUUCGCUAUGAUCUUUAAUGGCACUACUGAUAUUAUCGGCUCCAUGGCCAAAGACUAUCCAUCUCUCGUGGUGUUCUGCAUCUUCUUCGGUGUCUCCUAUGGCAUGGUUGGAGCCUUACAGUUUGAAGUGUUGAUGGCCAUUGUGGGGACGGAGAGGUUCUCCAGUGCCAUUGGCUUGGUGCUGUUGGUUGAAGCCAUUGCUGUGUUGGUGGGACCACCUGGAGCAGGUCGUCUUCUGGAUGCCACAAAUAAUUACAUGUUCGUCUUCCUGCUGGCUGGGUGUGAGGUGGUCCUCUCGGCCCUUGUGCUCGGCAUUUGUAACAUGCUCUUCAUCAAAAGGAAGCCCCAACAGCCUGACCCUCCAGCAAAAAUGGAGAUGGCCAUUACUGAGACCGAGAUGGAGGAGCUCAACAAAGCACCAAAGGACAACCAAGACAACGGAGGUGGUGAAAAUGGGAAGAAGCAAGCCAUCGAACAUGAAGUAAUGACAAAAUCUGAUGAUAAAAAGGUUGAUGAGCCUGAAAGCAUAGGGGUGGACUCGAUAGAGGUGGAGACCGCUUCCAAAAAGGUGACUGAACCAAAUGGUGUGGUUGUAGAACCUGAAUCCUCUCUGUGAAUAUACUAGAACAAUAGAUAUGACCGAGCUUCCCUUGUAGGAAUCAUGGACGUGCGUUUGUUGUAGUGUAUGCUUUUUGUAACGAGCUUCAAGUGUGGUUGCAGAGGACCGCUUUUAGACCUGCUCUGCAGCUCCGAUUUAGCCAUUUUUAGGCCGACCACUGCCUUGUAUGUUAGCAGAUGUCAUAUCCUGAUAUGUUCUUGUUAUAAAAAUAGAAUAGAUUUAUACUGUGGCAUCAGAUUUGACCAGUAAACACUCCACAACAGAGCAGGUCACCAGCAUUAUACUGAAUAUUACCAGCUUGUGUCUUUGUGGCAUUCACUGUUUGCUAAUGUGGAUUUAGAAUAUAUUGUUGUCAUCUGUAACCUUUUAAACUGGUCCUGAGAGAGCACAGGAUUGUAUUUAAAGUCCUGUAUUUCAAACAAAUAGAAAUGACAUGCAAAUGAGGAUCCUAGUUAGUCUUUUUAAAUUGGAUACAUUAUUGAGGAAUGUACACAGUUCAGACAUGCUUGUAUUUUUGUGAACCGUUUCAAAGUACAUAUUAUUGGAGGACAAAGCGGUUACAUAAUUUUUAUAGUGUUUGGGUUUUUGCUAUUGUUAAUUUUAACUUUCUUGUAUAGAUUCAGUAUUUAUAUUAAAGUGUUGAUGUCAGCUGGCAGCUCCACUUUAUAUUUAUUUGUAUUUUAUUAAUCUAAAUGUCAGUGUUUUCAGAUCACCUGCAUCAAUCAGGAGAGGACCACAUAUACUUGUGAUAUGUUGGUUAUGUAACAUUUAUUUUCAGUUCAAUCAACAUUGACUCGAAUGCUUUUUUUUUUUUUUUUUUUUUUUUUUUUUGGAAAACCAAAUAGUACUACAAGAUUUAUGAAAAUGGUGGUAUGGGUAAAACCAUUCUAAACUUUACCUCAUUUUGUUUUUCACCAGCACUGUAUGAGUAGGGACCCUCUUUUACUACGUUCUAAAGACACUUGAGCUGUUUUUGGUUGUGCCUCAAGUCUUGUAGCCAUACAGAAUUUGAAUUAUUUUACAAAAUAAAUAUCUUUCCCUCUCCACUGGACCUUGACUCAUGUUAUGGUGUUUUGUUUUUUUUUUUUUACUUCAAGCUGACAUGAUUCAGUCCCCCACUUUAUUUGGAAUUCAAUUAAAAAUGAUGCAUUAAAUUACUGAGUGAACUGAUUUGCCCUGAAAUUACGCUAGUAAAAGAAGGGUAGUGAAAAUUGUAAAUGACCACAAUGUUUACUCCUACAAUAAGACAUAGUCCAAAUCCUAUUAGCACAGGAUUUGUGCAGUAUUUUCAGGUCAGUCCAGCUGGUGUCAUUCUGCAAAUGCACCUUAAGCAGUGGCUCAUCCGAAACAGUGAGGUAAACUAGCAAGGUGAUCAAUCCUGCUCCUAAAUAUCUACCCUUGCUGUGGGGUUUAAAUCUAAACUUGCUUAAAUGAUCACGUUAACACAGAUGUUAAGCUAAAUUAAGCUGAAACGUUAAUGUAGAGUGGUUAAAGUACUUGAUUUUUCUCAGACUUAAGCAGAGCAACAAAACAUAGCACAUUGUAUUAUCUAUGAUGAGACAAAGCAAUUUUGGAUGUUUCAGUGCAACUAUGGUAUUAGAUGCAUAGGAGACAAAAUAUUGAUUACAGAUGCAUGUGAAGAGAAGAGUAUGAAAAAUAGAUAGUAGAUUGUAGCUAGAAACAAAAAAUGGCAGUAGGAUAGUGGGUUUAGCAUAGAGGAAAGAAAGAUGAAGCUCCAAGCCUACUGGAGAACGCUAUCAUGAGAAAUUCACAGUGACAGGAAUAGUGGGUUACUAUACUGCCUGAGGUAUCAAUGGCAGUAACUCUGAUACUGGCAUGAACUACACAACCCAGUUCUUUCUAGAAAACAGGACAUGUUUUCAAAAGUAAUAAAAUCUUAAUGGUGAAUAAGCAAAACCAACUAUAUUUAAUUGCCUAUACCCUAUGCACAUAUAAACAGAAUUUUAUGACAGCAGCACAAAACAACUUGCCCCACUAAUUAUUUACUGAUAAAA